AAAGAGAAGAGGCACAGAUCUGUGACUUGUGAGACCAAUGCCUACCCUGCGACCGAGCGCAGGGAGAGAGAACAGAGGCUUGAUCGGUAAACUGCGGACGAAACUUUACGCGUCAUCAGAUUCAGCCACGCGUUGUGAAAGUGGUGAUGUCUGUUGCAGAAUUUUGGGUAAAAGGAGUGACUGACAGGCCGCUCGCGUGCGGGAGCGUUGGAUUUAUCCCGGAGGAGGGCUGAGUCCCUCGUUCUCGCGCGGACUGGCAAAGGUUCCGGCGCCUCUGGUGCGAGUUGGGAUGAGAUAAGGGCUCUCAGGCUUCCAAUCCCCCCCUCAUCCUCUCUCUUUCUCGCUAACUAUUCUUGUUCACCGCCUCCUUCUCCUCUGGAUAACUACCGGAGACUUCAUCCGCCACAGCAGGUCAUCGUCUUUCUCCUUCUCGAUUCCGGUCGAAAUUCCGGCAAACUGUUCCUCCUCCUCCUCCUCCUCCUUGUUGUGCCGAAUAAUCUAUAUCAGAUUGGCUUCGCCUUUGGUCGUAACUGUUUGAUGCCGGGGUUCGUCAUGUAUUCGGUGAAUCCUGCGUCGUUUCGGAUCGCCUCAAUCCGAUGAAACUGUAACUUCUCCUCUAUUCUAGGCUUUACCGUGUCUGCCUAUCGCCGGUUGGUGCGGGGAGACGGCGACAUGCCUUAUGGACUUGAGCAGCAUCGCUGAAACUUACAUCUUCAUGGGUCAUGGCAUGAGUCAACCGGAGGAAGAAGAAGACGAAGAAGAAGAAGGAGCCGGUGCCCCCCAAACCUGGAGCACCGAUGCCACUGUUUCUUCUGAUGGCAGUCCACCGGACGACCUGCGACCCUCUCCCCUUGUUGGUCAGGAUAUUUCACAUCUUACGAAGCUUCGGACAGCUCCAAGCGAGAUGUGCCUGAGCCUCUGCCCACGGGCGAGGCGGGGCACUUACGUCUCGACCACGAAUAUGCUCACCGGCAGGGAGGCCAACGUCUCCGGAAGGGGUCGCUUCUCCUCGUCGGAACGCUCUCACGUUCUCAGUAGAUACCUUCCUUCCACCCGCCCUUGGUCCAUCGACAAGAUGAGCAGCAAGGCAUAUGUCUCCCAGUUCUCUGCGGACGGUACCCUCUUCGUUGCUGGAUUCCAGGACCGGCAUAUCAGGAUAUACAGUGUCGAUAACGGAUGGAGGGUCCAGAAGGAUAUCCAUGCGAGAAACUUGAGAUGGACAGUGACCGACACCUCUCUCUCCCCUGACCAACGAUUCCUAGUGUAUUCAACCAUGUCGCCCAUUGUUCACAUUGUCAAUGCAGGAAGUGGACAUGCUGGGGAAGAAUCAGUUGCUAACGUCACUGAAAUUCAUGAAGGCCUACACUUCUCUAACAAUGAAUAUGAUGGUCAUGGUUUUGGGAUUUUCUGUGUUAAGUUUUCAACUGAUGGGCGGGAGCUUGUUGCUGGAAGCAGUGAUGAUUCUAUAUAUGUUUUUGAUCUUGAAGCAAACAAGCUUAGUCUUGCAAUUUCUGCACACACGGAAGAUGUUAAUACGGUCUCUUUCGCUGAUGAAAGUGGGCAUAUCAUGUAUUCUGGAAGCGAUGAUAGCUUUUGUAAGGUGUGGGACAGGCGUUGCUUUAUAAGAGGCCGUGCAGCUGGUGUCUUGGUGGGUCAUUUGGAAGGAAUUACAUUUUUGGAUAGUCGUGGGGAUGGCCGAUAUUUCAUUUCAAAUGGAAAAGAUCAAUCAAUCAAACUAUGGGACAUAAGGAAAAUGUCAUCUAACACCAGUGCUUAUCCGAGGAGAAUGCGCUACACCGAGUGGGAUUAUCGGUGGAUGGAUUACCCCACUUACUGCAGAAAGCUGAAGCAUCCAAACGACCAGUCAUUGGCUACCUACAAAGGGCAUCAAGUUUUGCGUACACUCAUACGCUGUUACUUCUCUCCCGUGUCUAGCACUGGUCAGAAGUAUAUUUAUACUGGCUCUCAUGACGGGUGCAUCUAUAUUUAUGAUGUGAUUACAGGGGAUACUGUUAGUAAACUGGUGUAUCACUCAUCAACUGUCAGGGAUUGCAGUUGGCAUCCUUUCUUUCCUAUGCUAGUGAGCUCCUCGUGGGAUAACGUCCUCGCUUGUUGGGAGGCUUCUGCUGGAAAUGAAGCAAAAAACUGUGAUGUGAAGAAGACCCGUCGGAAGAAACGUAUGUAGGUCUCAGGAUAUAGUGGUAUGUAUAUAUGUAGACAUAGUUGUCCUUGUUUAUUCAUUAUGAUCCACCCUAGAGGAUUUAUCUCAUGUUAUAGCUCUCUUUCAAACAGUUCUCUUUUGUAUUAAUAAAUAAUCCGUUGCACAAACAAUGUAUGAACCGACCAUCGUCAAAUUUGGCAGUUUCUUUAA